UUUCGUUUUUUUUUACUGUCUAUUUAAUUUGCCAUUUCAAUAUUUUUGGUCAAACACACUCUAUAAUUAUAUCUAGAGUGUUUUUGUUGGUUUUGUUUUGUGUGUUGCUCUAGGUUUUCACCUUCAUGAAUCCCUUUUUGAAACGUCUCCCAAAAAUUCCCGCAAUAUUUAACAAUCACUGCAAACUAACCACCCGCAACACAAAUCAACAAAGGAAUAUAUACCGCCUGAUUAAUGAACCACCAGUUCCAUUCAAGAAUAUGUGGCCUCAUGAACGAGUCAAUCAUGAAUAUUUUUCUACAAAUGCCAGCUCUGGAUAUCGUAAUUGGAAGAAUUGUUGCCCUGAUAAGCCUGGUGCCCAAGAACCUGGAGUGCCAUUCAAAAUUGUCUCCUACAACAUUCUUGCACAAGAUCUUCUCCUCGGUCAUCUAGAACUGUACACACGUUCGAGAAAAAACUACCUCAAAUGGAAUUAUCGUUUGGAUCGAUUGAAGGAAACAAUAGUCGAACAGCGACCUGAUAUAAUCUGCCUUCAGGAAGUACAGCAGGACCACUUGGAGGACAUUAAGUCUAGCAUCCAAUCCCGGUUACCUUCAAUGUCUUGCAUAUUUCAAAAGAAGACAGGUGUAAAAACUGAUGGCUGUGCCAUAUUUUACAACAGCAAUCUCUUCGAUCUUGUAUUGUGGGAUGUUGUGGAAUUUUAUCGACCUGACAUUCAACUUUUGGAUCGACACAACAUUGCGCUUAUUACCAAAUUUAAAUGUAAAUCAGAGAAUUUACAGGCCAAUUUACUGGUUAGUACAACACACCUGCUAUUCAAUCCGAGACGUCAGGACGUCCGGCUGGCGCAGAUAAUGGUUUUGUUGGCAGAACUGGAUCGACACUCGCUUGUUAAGCCUGGCAAAUCGCAUCGGAUGCCAAUUAUUCUCACGGGAGAUUUUAAUUUCGAUGCUAAUUCUGCUCCUUUCGAAUUAAUAACCACUGGGAAACUGUGUUAUGAAAGACUCACGAGGACAUCUCUCACCUCAUGUGAAGGUUAUGGUUCUCAACCAACUGGAAAGAAAUUUAUAUCCGAAAAAUUAGGCAUUACCGAUACUUGUCAACAUAUUGACAGCGUUCAGUGCAACAACAAGAACAUCCCCCAAAAUAGCAAGGACAACCCUCCAAAAGAUUCGAAUCUUUUUUCGACUGGAACAUUAACUCACGCAUUAAAUCUGUGUUCGGCUUACAACCAUUACGAAGGGGUGGCAUAUGCCUCAAUAUUUCAAGGCAAAUGGGUGGCAAUCGAUCAUUUAUUUUACAGCCUAGAAGAUCCAAAGAAACCAAAGCAUAAAACUGCAGUAUUGAAGUUGAUGUCCAUCUAUACUUUGCCCACGGUAAGACAAUGCAAACAAAUUGGCUCUCUCCCAAACGUAGAUCAUGGCUCAGAUCACUUAAUGCUGGCGGCCUGUUUUUAUUUAAAAUUUCCCGUUUCUCAAUAGAUGUUUACAUGAGCUUGUUUUAAAUACCAGAUAAUAUAUAUAUAUUUUUUUAAGAAAA